AUGAAUUAUAAUCUAUCCAAGUAUCCAGACGACGUGUCGAGACUUUUCAAGCCAAGGCCACCUUUAUCUUACAAAAGACCAACCGAUUACCCAUAUGCGAAGAGACAAACAAAUCCAAAUAUCACUGGCGUUGCAAACUUACUAUCAACCUCUUUGAAGCACUAUAUGGAGGAGUUUCCUGAAGGAUCUCCAAACAACCAUCUCCAAAGAUACGAAGACAUCAAACUUUCCAAGAUCAAAAAUGCUCAAUUGUUAGACCGGAGACUACAAAAUUGGAAUCCUAACGUUGACCCUCAUAUCAAGGACACAGAUCCCUACAGAACGAUAUUUAUUGGGAGGCUACCAUACGAUCUUGACGAAAUUGAACUGCAAAAGUAUUUUGUUAAGUUUGGCGAGAUCGAAAAAAUUAGGAUAGUCAAGGACAAGAUAACCCAGAAGAGUAAAGGCUACGCCUUCAUAGUUUUCAAAGACCCAAUAAGUAGUAAAAUGGCAUUCAAGGAGAUUGGAGUACACAGAGGUAUCCAAAUCAAAGACAGAAUCUGCAUAGUCGACAUAGAAAGAGGCAGAACCGUUAAAUAUUUCAAGCCAAGAAGAUUGGGCGGCGGCCUAGGAGGCAGAGGCUAUUCCAACAGAGACAGCAGGCUUCCAGGAAGGUUUGCAAGCGCAAGUACAUCAAAUCCCGCCGAAAGAAAUUAUGCUCCCAGGCUGCCACGCAGGGAAACUUCUUCCUCCGCAUAUAGCGCUGAUAGAUACGGCAGUUCCACAUUGGACGCGAGGUACCGUGGAAACAGGCCAUUGCUCUCCGCCGCCACUCCUACUGCUGCUGUUACUUCUGUAUAUAAAUCUAGAAACUCACGGACUCGAGAGUCUCAACCAGCUCCCAAAGAAGCGCCCGACUAUUGA